CGUGCAUGUAACUGAGUCAAAACUAAUUCCACUUACACUCCACAACUCCCACGCUGAAACAUGGUUUUUAGUUACACGCCCUCAGACAUGGGCUGCGUUGUGUCAAUGACAUCAAAGUUUAUUCCGCCACGUCCCUGUUUCUUCCAUCAGCCUGGAGGCAGUGGUUGGACAGCUCCUCGGCCCCUGGCUCUGCCUACUGCCACUGACAGACAUUAUGCUCACGUACACUUAAGGGUUACAGAUUUUCUGCCUCAAACCUCACUGUCCCUGCUUUAGAGGCACUUGAAAUAUGUUUCUCUUCUGUUUUGUUUGAGACUAAAUAUACAUUUGACCCCUCCGGAUCAUUUCUGUGGUCUCUUAAACGGAACGCAGUGGUGGAUGUGGUAAGAACGCGGUCAGAACAGGCCGUUCCCUGUUUCCCCGGGUCCACUCUGAACUGUUAUUCAUUGAUUGACCGCAUCUCGUAGCAUGGGACCUUCCUUAGCCCCAACAAUCAAGCUCCCUUGGUCACCACCACGUCUCUCAGAACUCAUUUGGAGUGUGUGUCUAAGAGUCAUACAUCAUGGGAGGGGUUUUGGAUGGCAGUUGGCAGAGUUCAUUUCAAAGUAUUCAAAAUGUGUGGUGAUACUUUGACAUUCAGACUGGUGUAUUUACAUCACUGCCAAACCCGAGGGAAUCCUCCUUUGUUAUCUGGCUCUGCUUCCAUAGGAACAUAAAAUAACCUUCUUGUUUCUGUCACCACUUUUCGCUAUCUCCUCUGCAGCUCCUUCACUGGUGACAUCACGCCUCUCCAGGUCUUGAGUUUAUUUCCAGUAAAAAUCUGUCUUAACAUGUUUCUUGUCAGUUCUACCUUUUGGAGCUAAUUUCAGUUCUACCUCUGGACUCCUACUCCAGGGAUGUUGAGUCAGCCUUUAAUUAUCUCUAUAUCAUUUUCUUUUUUUCGGUCUCUCUAUCACUUUCUCUGUGGCUAUCCUUUUGACCAUCCCUCCCUGCACUGGCAGGAGAACUGGGAAUUGUGCUCUGCCUGCCAAGUGCCAUACCAGUCCUGGUUAACAGAUUGAAGGUGGUUCAGCGCAGCAUGCUCAGCCCAGAGCUGGGAGCAUUAGAAUCAGCCUUAAAUGGUAACACACAUCCCCUCGUUAUGCUCCCUGGACAGGCCGGUUAGGAAUUCUGGGAUGUUGACAUGCCGAGCCUCAACGGAUGAUUGACAGUUCUCAUUAAGCUACUGUUAUCUUUUGUUUGGGAAAAGUUGGAACCUCUCUCAACCCUGAGUUUUAGCUAUAGGCUCUCUCUCUCCCUAUCGCUAUCAAAUGUGUGUUUGCUGGUGUGUGUGCCACGUUUGUGUAUGUGAAUGCCGACUAUCAUUUUUACUUUGUCAAAGUGAAUUGAAAGCGUUAACACUAUUCUAAUUAGGGCAGGAGGAAAGCAGCCUUGCGUGGGUUUAUAAUAGGUCGACGUGUUGAGCAUUGGAUGUGGGACUGGAGACUGGAGUAGGCUUCUGCUUCAGGCGCCUGUUUUCCCCACGGAGGAAGAGCUAUCUCUGGGAUACCCAGGAGUCCAUGGCCCCCCUCUACCAGGGACAGGCUGGUUCUUCUCUGCAUUUCUCUGUGACUCUACGGGACCAGCUAUGAGGGGAACCAAGUCAAAGAUGGCAGCCUGCUCCAGGGUCGAAGGCAGCCAUGUUGGUGAAGGUGAACAGCAUUGGAAAGAGCCAGUCGGCGUUGCCCGCUAGCAACCUGAACCUCCUCCAUCAUAACCUCAGCCCUGGGAGCCCUGGUGUAUACAAGGUCCACUCAGACAGACCCGGCACUACAGGCAAGAUGGCUGCUCCUGUGGACCCAAAGCAAGCCCUUCACCUCAAAAAGGGAGACAAUGGUAACUUCUGCCUGGUGAUGCCGUCCAGCGGCAGCCAGGUUUUCCAGACCCCCCGGCCCUCCUCGCCCCAGUACGGUGGAACGCCACCCAUCUACGAUGAACCGCCCGUGGAUCCACCCAUCUACGACGAGCCCCCCAUGGAGGUCGAGGUGGAGGGGGCCCACCUCCUGAACAGGCCCUUCACCCCAACCGCCAGCCUGCAGAGGGUGCGCCAGACUCAGCCCCAGACUCAGCCCCAGACCCAGCAGCAGCCCAAACUUCUCCAGUACCCAGACUCCCACCUGGGCUCCAAACACAAGAGGAACCUGUCGGCCACAGAGUACAGCCCCGCCGGACGGGAGUGCAUCAGGCACAUGGUCAACGUGGACCCGGCCGCAUGCAAGCAGAGCCCCUUAUCCCAGCCCGUCCAGGCGAGCCAAGGCCCUGCCCUGGACACCGAACUUCCUCCCUCCCCGGGCGGAUCCCAGCCCAGGCCCAAGGAAGUGAGCCUGGAGAAGAAGCAGUCGUGGCGUCUUCUGGAGGCCAGCGUGAGAAAGAACAUGGAGGCCAGGCACAGCCGGCAGAACAGCCUGGCCUCCCAGGAGUACCCGGCGCCGGCCGCCGUCACCUACCAGGACUCGGGCUACUCCACGGGGCCCUCGCCCAGCCUGAGGAGGAAGAACCGCAGGAGGGUCCUGGGUGGCGGCGGGGUGGGUGGCACAUGCCAGGGGAGGCCAGGCUCCACGGGCAGCGGUGGCGAGCUCAGCGCCCUGAACGAGAAGCUGAUGGCGGAGAUGCGGGUGGCGGUGUGCCGCUCCAACACCCUGCGAGGCAGCAAGGCCAGUCUGGACACGGAGAUGUCGGAAGGCUCCGCGCCUCGGCCCGGUUCGCCCCUUGACUCCCUCAAGAAGUUUGGGGGCCGCAGCGCUUCCCGUGAAGACAUUAGUGCCAGUAACCACUCUCUAUACCGGGCUGUAAGCGGGAGUAGCCACGGCAACCCGCCCCUCUCGCCCCUGGCCUCGGAGGGAAUGGUGCGUCAGAAACGGACCUAUGAGAAGGUGGACACUUUGGAGAAGAGUAUCACAAGCCAGAACAGCCUGUCUUCUCCUGAAUCCCCCAUAACUCCCUCACAGGCAGGAACACUGGAGUCCAAGGCCCAGUCGGAGGUCUCAUCACAAGUGGGAGGGAAUGGUCACGGGGGCACCCGGAGUUCCUCCCAUGGAGUAAUCGUAUCCGGAGGCGGAGGAGGAGGUGGAGGAAGAGGAAACCUGGGAUACCAGUACCCGUACACCACCCUCUGCAAGCCUCCUCCAGAUGCCAACAUGGUGGACUGGGCGAGUAAGAAUCUAAACCUGCACACUCAGGGCCUGUUCCGUCGCCGGGUCUCAAUCGCCAACAUGCUCUCCUGGAACAGGAGCUCCAUCAAGAAGCCCAUGCUGAUCACCAGCGACCGCACCAUCAAGAAAGAGGCCUGCGAGAUGUUCAAGCUGGUCCAGGCCUACAUGGGUGACCGGCCGGCACGCCUGGAGCGCCGACACGCUGCCCUGCUCGUGGUCACUAAGUGCUGGGGGAUGCAAGGCCUGAGGGAUGAGCUGUACAUCCAGCUGGUCAGACAGACCACUGACAACUUGAAUAUGAGGAGCCUGGAGGCCGGCUGGGAACUCAUGGCCAUCAGUCUGGCCUUCUUCUCCCCCUCGCCCAAGUUCAGACGCUAUUUGGAGGGCUACAUCCAGAGACAUCUGGAGCCCUCCAAUGACAAGAAAAUCAUGCAGCACAUCGUGGAACAACAGGACAUGAAGAACAAGAAGAAUUCAAAGUCCCGGAAGAAGAGGAAACAGAACAAUGAGGAGGAGGAAGAGGGCCUGCCUAUCAGCACUUACGCCAAGUACUGCUACCGCAAGCUGCAGAAGGUCGCCAUCACUGGGGGCAAAAAGGGUCUGAGGAAGCCCACCCUGGAGGAGAUCGAUCAUGGGAAGAAUGGCAUCGUGACCCCCUCCCUGUUCGGCAGUGCCCUGGAGGAGAUCAUGGAGCGUCAGAGCGAACUGUUCCCAGAGCGCAGACUCCCCUGGGUUCAGGUGCAGCUGUCCCAGUACGUACUGGCACUGGGAGGGGCCCAGACAGAGGGCAUCUUCAGGGUGCCUGGCGAUAUUGAUGAGGUGAACGCUCUCAAGCUGCAGGUGGAUCAGUGGAAUAUUCCAGAAAACCUUUCUGAUCCCAAUGUCCCAGCGUCUCUGUUAAAACUGUGGUACAGGGAGCUGGAGGAGCCAGUCAUCCCUCAGAGCUUCUAUAAGCAGUGCAUCAGCAACUAUGAGGACCCCGAGGCAGCUAUCAGUGUGGUUCAGUCUAUGCCGGAGCUCAGCAGGCUGGUGCUCUGUUACUUCAUCCACUUCUUACAGGUGUUUGCCCAGCCCGUCAACGUGAGCAAGACUAAGAUGGACGUGAACAACCUGGCCAUGGUAAUGGCCCCCAACUGCCUCCGCUGCCAGUCGGAUGACCCGCGCGUCAUCUUUGAGAACACCCGGAAGGAGAUGUCCUUCUUACGCAUGCUCAUUGUUCACCUGGACACCAACUUCAUCAAUGGCAUCAUCUGAGGCGGGGGGGGGCACCCUGUAGAAAUCUGUACCCCUCUACACUCGUACAUCAACCACUAUACCUGCUGUCUUUCGAUCAUACCACCCUCUACAACUGUCGACUCACUGUCAAGACAUGUCGUCUUUCCCUUCACACUCCUCACUGACCAUAACCAAUCUCACAUCUAGAUUUCCUCUGGUUUAUCGACAGCAUCACCUGGGAACUACAGACUGCCCAGACUGGAGUCAUUUGUCCUGCUCUGAAUCAUCUUCCCUUUGUGUUUGAGACUUUGGAACAAGCUUCCAUGUGAUGACAAUCCCACUGCAGGACAUGUUGAGCACAGUGCAUGUAUCUCCCUCCACGUGUCUUGGCACAGGUACCUCCCCAUGUCUCCCAACACUGGACCGUGCUGGCCUGAGAUUCAGCAUGUUAACAGCAGCCGCUGUAUGAGGAUGUCAUGGACAUUAAUCUAGAGUGCAGAGACAAAUCAAACUGUAGAUGUGUUUUUAAAGGAUCAGUUCCUGCUUUGAGUGUGGUGUCUGUAUCUGACUGCCAUGGUGGUGAAUGAUGUUCUGACAAUGUGUGGGGAAACCAACUACAGACACAUAAUGGUUUAAAACCACUCUUUCUUUUAGUGUAACAGUGCAUGUGUGCAAGAAAUUAUUUCUUUCUUGUAAGUUAAUGUGGAAUGCUUUUUUUAAAAUUAAUGUAACAUAAAUUCUGGCUAGGUUUCCAGAGCUGCAAGAUGAGUUGACAAAAAGGUUUACAGUUCUCUUGAUCUCUUCACUGGCCUCAGACAGUUUUUAUUUUCUGGUUCAUAUUUUAUUUAUUUUACGGAAAAGUUUUUCUCCAACAGAGAAAAUCAUGCCCGACACAGGUGUGUACGCGAUAAAAACUAAACCCAUGAGGACAGGACGUGGCAAUUCUCUUAAGCGGUGAAGUCAGUUGAGCAGGUAUCAAGGGAUCAUUGGUGGAGCACUUUCAGCUGUUUUACUCCCCACAAUUACAGUGGACUUAUUUAGAAGUGAGCUGGGCUUCAGUCUGUAACCUUCUUUCCCCUCGUUUCAGAGAAACAGAAUUACACCUUUGAUGGAGCUCGAAAAAAAUUAUUUUAGCUAUUAGCAGGUCAGGGGGAAAGAAUGCAGAAGAAAGUAAGUGCUGCCACUGCCUGUACCUUAAGCCUCAGCGUCUCGAACAGUUGUGGAUUUGGUGUGCAGACCUCAAGGAGGGGCCAUCUGGUAGUGGUUUGAGGGUCUGGGGAUACAAUAGUUUAGUACCAUAGACUGGAGGAAAACCAUUAACUCCUAAUGAGGACUUUCCUAUUCUUUUAUGUCCUGUGCCUUGUGAGGGAAAGACGGUUUAAAAUUAAUAUUUAAUUUGUCUUAAGGGCCAUGCCUGUCUCUGUUAUAUUUAGCAGUGCGGUCAGGUUUGGGUUUUAGCCCCCCAUAUUUAAUGUGUCUACCUCAUCUUAGUGAUGGGGUCCGUGCUGCCAGGCUAUGUGUGUGUGUCUGUUGACUGUACAAUGUGUAUAUGUGGAAUGACAGAAAAGCAUUUGUGUUCAUACAUGACAUGCUCUCUAGUUCUUGGAAGCUAGAGCCCGUAAAUUAGAGGUUGUGAUUAUCCAUAAAAAUGUAUCUGGAGGUAAUACGGUUGUUAACCCUUUUCUGAAGUCACAUCUUUUACCGCGGCCAUGCCUGCCUUACUGCUUUAAUGUUUACCUUAUGAAAACAUACACCGGAGGUUUGGUACUCCACAGCCACAUCAGAGGACACGCCAAGCCUACUCUCACCGGCAGCCAGCAGGAGCUGUGCUGAGGCUGGUCAGGGUGGAGAAGGACUGUGCACAGGGCCAAUAGUUCUGGGGCUGCAUGAGAGAUAUGCUGAGAGAGAUAUGCUGAGCCUGGAGAUGGAUUUGUCUGUGCUUUAAUUCUUCCGGUGUGCUUUUGUGGAUCGCAUGCAUAAACAUGUUCCUAUGUGAAUACCAGCAUUGUCUUUGAUCUGAGAAAAGGAUUAUAACCUCAACCAUGAUGUUAUGACCAUAGAAGCAUAUCCUUUGAUCAUGGAUAAGGAUCAUAACAUCAACCAUAUUGUGUAAAAGGAAAUUCUACUGAAUGCCCGUUUUACUGUAAUUCCCCUCAUUUGACUUCAAUGUUGGGGGUGCAAUUCAAUGUAUUUUCCUGAUUUCAUAAAUAGCCAGGUCUUGGUCUUUUUCCUA